AUGGUGCUCAUUGAGAACCAGGAGUAUCUCUGCGAAGAGGAGAAGCGCCUCAAGGAGGACCGCGAGCGCUCUGCUUACUGGAAGCGAUGGGGACCCUAUGUAGCUGAAAGGCAGUGGGCGACAGUCCGCGAAGAUUACUCCCACGAUGGAGAUGCAUGGAGCCACUUCACCCAUGACAUGGCACGCUCGCGCGCCUUCCGCUGGGGUGAGGACGGUAUUGCUGGUGUUUCUGAUACGCACGGCUUGCAGAAUAUCACUUUUGCUUUCUGGAACGGAGAGGACGACUUCCUGAAGGAGCGUCUCUUCGGUCUCUCGAACCCUCAGGGUAACCACGGCGAAUCGCUCAAGGAGGCUCACUUCCACCUCGACAACACACCAACUCAUUCGUACAUGAAAUUCCUAUACAAACUACCCCAGCGCAAAUUCCCAUAUGAAGACCUGAUAAAAGAGAACGCGAAGCGCAACAGGCUGGAGAAGGAGUACAACAUCACCGACACUGGCAUCUUUGAUGACGAUCGAUACUUCGACAUCUUCAUCGAGACCGCCAAGGAGGCAGACAACCCAGAUGAGCUCCUUUUCCGAGUCACGGCAUACAACCGCGGCCCAGAUGCUGCACCCCUACACAUCAUACCUCACGUCUUCUUCAGGAAUACCUGGGCCUGGGGACGCGAGGACGCGAAGUUGAAGCCAUCGAUCCGCAAAGUUGGCCCGACCACAGCUCAAACGAGCCACCACAAACUCGGAGACCGCUUCUUCCAGCUCUCGCCUUCUCCUGGUGUUGGAUCGAGCGGCGACGAUGUACAGCCCGAGCUGCUCUUCACAGACAACGACACCAACUACAAGAAGCUGUGGAAGGUCGAAAACAAGACCAAAUACGUCAAGGAUGGCAUUCACGAGCGUAUCGUGAACGAGAAGAUUGACUCUGUCAAUCCUGAUCACGUCGGUACCAAGUGCGGAGCCUGGUAUGCUUUCGACGAAGACGAGGGCGUUCCUCCUGGCGAGUGCGCUGUUGUGCGUUUUAGGCUGUCAUUGAGAAGCGAUGGCUUCCUUGACGAAGAGCUGUUCGACGACAUCAUGGAGCAGCGUCGUGCCGAAGCGGACGAGUUCUACUACCGCAUCAGCCCUCUACCCAUGGCCGAUGAUUUGCGCAACAUCCAGCGCCAGGCUUUCUCGGGUAUGAUGUGGUGCAAGCAGUACUACCACUUUGUGUGGGAUCAGUGGGCGAACGGCGACCCGGGCAUGCCUCCUCCACCUCCGGACCGAAAAGCGAUUCGAAACAAGGAGUGGAAACAUAUGUAUUUGGACGACAUCUUGUCCAUGCCCGACUCUUGGGAAUACCCCUUCUUCGCUGCUUGGGACAGCGCUUUCCAUUGCAUUCCCCUUGGAAUGAUCGACCCUGACUUUGCCAAGAAGCAAUUGGAUCUCUUCACUCGCGAAUGGUCUAUGCAUCCCAACGGUCAGUUGCCAGCGUACGAAUGGAACUUCGGCGACGUCAAUCCUCCGGUCCACGCUUGGGCUCUUUUCCGAGUUUUCAAGAUUGAGCGCAAGAUGUACGGCCGCGAAGACUUUGAUUGCCUCGAGCGCGUGUUCCAAAAGCUGUUGUUGAACUUCACAUGGUGGGUCAAUCGCAAGGAUGCUGACGGCAAGAAUAUCUUCGAAGGCGGUUUCCUUGGCCUUGACAACAUCGGUAUCUUCAACCGAUCGGAUCCUCUGCCCACUGGCGGUGUUUUGGAGCAAGCCGACAGUACUGGUUGGAUGGGAUUCUACUGCUUGAACAUGCUGAACAUCUGUCUGGAGCUUGCGAAGCGUCGUCGCAUCUACGAAGACAUGGCAUCCAAGUUUUUCGAGCACUUCAUCAUGAUCAGCGACGCCAUGCAGUACCGCAGUGGUGGCGAGGCUAAGCCACUGUGGAACGAAGAAGACGGAUUCUACUAUGACGCUAUCUCAUGGGGCGGUCCAUGGAGCCAGCAGAUGCCCGUCCGUUCCUUGGUUGGUCUGAUCCCUCUUUACGCUACAUUGACUCUGGAACCGGAAGUCAUCAACAGGCUGCCCAACUUCAAGAAGCGAGUCGAAUGGUUCAUCAACAAUCGCCCAGAAACCGCUCAGCGCAACAUUGCAUCAAUGAAGAAGCGCGGCCAAGGCGAUCGUAUGCUGUUGUCUCUUGUCAGCGAGGACCGUCUCAAGCGCAUCAUGCAACGCAUGCUGGACGAGGAUGAGUUCUUUGCUGAUCACGGUAUCCGAUCGCUGUCAAAGUACCACAAGGAUCACCCGUACUCCAUGGAUGUUAACGGUCAACGCUAUCAAGUCAGCUACCUCCCUGGUGACUCGGACAGCGGCCUUUUCGGUGGCAACAGCAACUGGCGUGGCCCAAUCUGGCUGGCAGUCAAUUUCUUGCUCAUUGAGUCCUGUCAACGAUUCCACUUGUACUACGGCAACAACUUGAAGGUUGAAUGUCCUGUGGGCUCUGGCGACUUUAUGCAUCUUGGUCACGUUGCUGAAGAGAUCCAGCAUCGUCUUCAGCAUUUGUUUGCACGUGGCGAUGACGGUAGAAGGGCCAUCAACGACGGCAACCAGAUGCUGGACUACGAUCCGAACUGGAAGGAUUAUAUGUGGUUCCACGAGUUCUUCGAUGGUGACUCUGGACGUGGCUUAGGAGCGACUCAUCAAUGCGGCUGGACCGGCUUGAUUGCAAAGAUGAUCCAUGACACUGGUAUGACUUGCCGACUUCCGCAAACACCACGCACACCAACUGCUGCCGCUGCUCAUUAUUUCGACGAUGUUCUUAGCAGUGGGCCCCGGCCGAAGAAGCCCUCUAACCUGCGCCGAUCAUCGACAACGCGCAGUAUUGGGUUCCGUAGCGAUUACGAGACUAGCAUCAACGGCGAUGAUGAGGACCCGACUAGCCCAGCCAGGCGGAAGAACUCGGUUGGCUACCUUGAUGAGGACGCUAUCCAGGCCAAGAAGGAAAUUGAAGAGAGGUUCAACCACUACGUCAGUGGCCAAUUGGAGCGUGUCAAGACUGGCAGACAAGAUUACGAACCAGAUGAAUUUGAGACGUCAGUGGAUGGCGCAAAUGAGCGACCGAGAGGUAGACCUGGAUCUGGACCCAAUGCAAAGUCCAAUGGCCACAAGGAGCGUCAGGAUUACUUUGAGCAGGACGAGUACUUCAGCAAAUGA